AGAGUGAGCAAGAGAGAGCGAGAGAGGGGGAAAGGGAGGGGAAGAAUAAGAGAAUAGAGAGAAAGAGAGAGAGAGAGAAAGAAUGUGUGUGGAAGUCGGGCGUGCGACUUGACAGGUCAAAAAGUUUGUUUUUAUUUGAAAAUCGUCCUGCUUUUAUAAUGAAGUCGUGUAUAAGGGGUGGGACGAUAGAGUUGCUAUAGGUUUAAACGAACGCACAACUAAUAAUAUACCGUUUUACGUGUCCGCAGUAAGACUGUGGCGAUUUCUCGGCGUGCCAUAAGUUAGUGAAAAUAUAAGAAAUUCUACUCGUAUGGCACCAUUUUCGACGCUUUGACGAUCGAGAGAAAGUUAAUAACGAACAUUAAGCUGUAUGAAUUUUCUUGAUAUUUGUUGCUUGUGUGUUCUUCUGUAACAACCAGGAAGGAUCAAAGCCAAUUCUAUUUUUGAUUGAAAAGUUUUAUCUUUACAUAAGAGAAAUGAUUCAGUGCACCAUGUGGCAUUUGUCAAAUAUCCUAGUAAUAAACUUUAUUAGAAGAAAGGAAUGGCUAGCUUGAUGGUGACUUCGUCAAGUAAAAACAGCUCACGUAGCACUUCUCCUACUAGAGGGAAUACAUCUAUUUCUCAAGCGCAUCACCAACAAUCAGCUAGUUUAGAACAUACACCAAAAGCACGUAAUGCAAUCUACCAGACAGGAGAGGGUAGUACAGGCAGUGGUAGCAGCUGUGGUGGUUGUGGGAGUAGCUUCAGCAUGAAAGGUAGCAGUAGACAAAGAUCACCAGGUACUAUAAUUCGCAUGGGCGAUGUUAUGGAUGAAUCAAAUGGCAAUCCAAUCACUGCCGAACCAGAUGAGUUUGUGCCAAAUGUUCAACCUCCAACCGAUGAUGAAGGAGAACAAUAUCAUACCACACAAUCGUUCCUAUCUAAUGGCUCUUCUGAAUUAAUAAGCGAUGAUGUGGACUCAAGCGCUGCACGAGUUCGACAAGCGAUCGAACAUAUUCAAAGUAAAAUAGCUAGAACACGUGAACUCAUACGUAUUGAGCAAACAACUCGUGAUGAAAAUGUUAAUGAAUAUUUGAAAUUGGCUGCAAAUGCGGAUAAACAACAAUUAACUAGAAUUAAAACAGUAUUCGAAAAGAAAAAUCAAAAAUCGGCAAAUAGUAUUUCUCAGUUACAAAAAAAGUUGGACAGUUAUCAAAAAAAAUUAAAAAGUUAUGAAAUGAAUGGUGCACCUGCAGGUCAUAGACAACCAAGAGAAGUACUUCGUGAUAUGGGACAAGGAUUAAAAAAUGUGGGUGGCAAUAUUAGGGACGGAAUCACUGGUUUUUCAGGGAGUGUUAUGUCAAAACCAAGGGAGUUUGCACAUCUUAUUAAAAAUAAAUUUGGGAGUGCUGACAACAUAAACACUUUAUCACAUGGCUCAACUUUUUAUGUAAACGAUACACCACAUGCAGGUAAUGGUGAUAAUGGUAGUGUUGAAGAAGAAAAGACUCAUCAUGGAUCAGCUACUUUACCUGGUGGCUGUAGUCUUGGAUCUACACAUAGUGCCGUGGCAAUGAAAUUUCCAUCAGAAGAAGGCUCAGAAUGCUCUAGUGUAACAAGUGAAAGUGGACCAGGUAGUAGAGGCCAAACACAUACUUGUCACAGUAAUAAUGCUGCAUUGAGUUUCAAAUCCAUUUUCUCGGAACUUCACGAACAUAGAGACAGCCUUGAACGGAUGAGAGAAAAAUUAGAUGGUUUAAAGGCUUUGCAGCAAGAAGUAGCAUAUUUGUCACAUGGUCUACAAGAAGAACGUUUUCGAUGCGAUCGUCUUGAAGAACAAAUCAAUGAUCUAACCGAACUUCAUCAGAAUGAAGUAGAAAAUUUAAAACAAACAAUUACAGAUAUGGAAGAAAAAGUACAAUAUCAGAGUGAAGAUCGUUUAAGAGACAUACAUGAAAUGUUAGAAAGUUGUCAAACAAAAAUAUGUAAAAUGGAGCAUCAACAGCAACAGCAUCAACAAUAUGUUACAUUAGAAGGCCUUGACAAUAGUAAUGCAAGGGCAUUGGUCGUAAAGUUGAUAAAUGUAGUGUUAACAGUACUGCAAGUUAUUUUACUCCUUGUUGCAACAGGUGCUGGUAUUAUGAUGCCAUUCCUUAGAACCAGCUGUACUAAGCCUCAUUGUUUCAUGUGCAGGGUGCGCAUACUAACGACCACAUUCGUUGUAUUGGGUAUAGUGUUCGUGCUCAAACAAUGGCCUGAGGUGCAUGAUGUUGGAAGUCACCUCAUGCGCCAUCUUAAACAAACACUCGCCGUGAAGUAGCAUUGGUGGUAUACUUAAAUUUAAUGAAUCCGGUGAUGAUGGUGCAAAAUUGAUUACAAUAAUCAACCUUUGGAGCCAAUUUACCAAUGCUGCAUUGUUGGAGCAAUAACAUCAUAUAUGCGCAAAUAUAAUUGUUUUUGUUUACAUAUUUGAUAUUAGAUGCAUUAUUAUUAUUAAUGUAAUUAAUAUAAAAUGCAUCUAUUUGCAGUCAUUGUCUAAUUGAUUGAUAAAAUAAUUGAUUUGCAAACACCUGUGUAAUAGCAGGAAUUCUUUUCAGAAAGACUAUUAGCAAAAAGAGCAUAUGUUAAGCAUUCUUUAAAUUUAUAUUAAAAUUCGUUUCUUAUAUUAUUUGUAUAUUUAAAUCUUGUCUAGAAUCAUUGGAAUGAAGUUUCAUCUUGUAUGAUGAUGCAAUUAUCAUUCCUUGUAAAAUAAAGUCCCAUUUUUCUUUGAUGGAAUAUAGGAAGAGUGAUUGAAGAAAUGUAUAUCCUAAUGUUAUUGAACUGUAUUAUGAAACGAUAUUACAGUCAUGGACAUUAAUAUAAGGUGUCAAGACAUGUAUAUGAUCACUUUUCCAUGUAGUGCUGCUUAACACUGACCUUAAACACUUAAUGAGGACUUAAGAAUUGAAUAAUAUAAUAAAAGAAACUGCUGUCUUCAGUGUCUGUGGUUGGUCUAAUCGUGUCAUGCUGUUUUGGGAUGGACUUAUUCUACAUAAAAAAUUAUUAUUAUAUGUCAUAUAUCAAAAUUUAAUAUUGAGUCCAAAAGUAGUCAAUAGUCAUGAGUCAUGGAAGUUCAUUAUUUAACAAUGGUUAUUAAGAUGAUAUAAAUUAAUAUUUACAAUAGUUGAUAGUCCAUCGAUGCAAUAAUAAAAAAUUUCACUUACGAACGUUAUUAAAGUAUUCGCUAUAUAUGAUAAUUCUUCUAAAAAAUAUUUCAAUAUAAAUCUGAUAAUAUUGAAUGUCAGAAGAGGUCCAAAUAUUUUUAUCUUAUUAUAUCAUACCAGUUAAUUACUUUAUGUAUAAUGUAGAUUGUAGACCAGUUAAUAACAGAUAUAUUAUGUAUAAGCAUUGUAUUUCUUUGUUAAAGAAAUAUUUACCACCACAGACACAAAAAAAAAACAAAUGUGAAUGUAUAUUUUAUGAAUAUAAAGAAAUGAUCCAUGACAGAUAAUCGAAAUGAGAGAAAGACUGAUGGACGAACUGGUUUACGUCGCUAUUAUCAUUGUGAAUAACGUAAUAAAUUCACUGCAAUUUCAUGGAGGUGUAAUUUGCUGUACAUCAGUAAACAUUACACUAUUAGAAUGAUAUAGUGAAAUGAUAGAAAUUGAUGGCAGUGUACAAGUGAUAGCUGAGUUUCAGAAUCUUUAAUAUGCAAGAAAGAUUGCUGUCAAGGUACAGAAUUGCAAAAUAUUACAAAAUAUUUUGCUUGAAAGUUGCAUCAAUAUAUCACCACUACUUAAUAGUGAGAUAAAUAUGACCUGACACUAUUUUGCUAUGCACUUUCUUCCUUUUCUCAUAUAACAACAUAACAAAACUUUACAUUAUAUAGUUUGUAAAUAAAUAUUAUAAUAUUCUAUAGAGUUCCAUUCUGUAGAAGUAAAAUGGUUAAUAAGCUGUCUACAAAAGCAUUUGCUUUACAUUGUUGCCCUUAUACACUUUUUGCACAACAAUUGAGCUUAUAUUUUUUGUCUAUAAUUUAAAGUAAAUUUAUCCGGAUUCCUAUCACAAAUUUAUACAAAUCAAGUAAUGCUGUUACUGCUUUUAACAACGCAUAAUAUAUGUUGAAAAAACAAAUACUAAAUAAAUUCACAAUUUCGUAAUUCCUAACAGAGAUAUGUAUAAAUAAAGAAAUUAUUGACAAUA